AUCAGGGCUAUUUUAGCCUCUCCGCUCAACGCCUGUGAAGUUUAAAAGACGCUAUGAACAAGCAUUGGGAAAUCUUUAUAGGGUUUUUACUUUUUAGUUCACAUGGUUUUCCUAAAGCUUUGAUGAAUCUUUGGUGCUCUGUGUUCUAAUUCAUAUGGGGUUUUCUUGAUGAUUCAAUGGAGACAGUUCUCGGUUCAGCAUUUUCAUUUGGAUCUUUUGUAUAAGAUUGAGUGUUGUUGGUGACAUUUGAUGUUUUUAUCUUCAGUACUAUCUGGGUUUUUGUGAUCUUAAAGAAGUUCCAUCUGGUUCUCGAGAAGCACUUGGUUGCAAAUUGUUACUUCUAGUUUCUACCUCUGGGAUUUGUAGCCAAAUGCUUCAGUUACGCCCUCAGUUUCCCAUUGAGAAUAAAGAAUACCAAGAUCUCUCUCAAAAUGGAGACCCAUUAUGCAAGAUACCCAGAACUUGCGAAAUUGCUGCCCCAUGUCCUAAAAUGCCUGUGGCAACGAACAAUGCUGUGACUGGCAGCUUCAAGACCCAACUAUGCGCGAAGUUUAGAUUGGGGUAUUGUAGCUAUGGUUACAAAUGUAGCUAUGCCCAUGGCAGUGAUGAGUUACGGAAGCGCCUGCGUAACGUGCAAGCGCCUGUGGUAAACGAGGAUGGAUUGUCCAGGACUUGGAACGGGUUUUAUAGAGCAGUAGAUCAAUCAAAUUUAUGCAGAAUGUUCUAUUCCAGGAAAGAAUGCACAUAUGGGGAUAAGUGUCGUUUCCUUCAUGUAAGUCCUGACAAUAUUAAGAGAGAAUUGGGGGCUUGUAGGGAGAGUUUAUCCAUAAGAACUGGAACUACAGGAUUUUCAGGGGUUCACAGAAAUGGUUGUGCGAGCUCAAAGCCAGUGAUUAAGAAAAGACUAUGUAACAACUGGGAGAGGACUGGAAGCUGCCUAUAUGGAAAGAUAUGUUGCUUCGCUCAUGGACAAGCAGAACUAGAAAAGCCUAUUGGCCGCAUUGGAUUGGUUUCUGGUUUUGUGCCAACUAACACUUCGAAGACUCUUCCCAUUAGCAAGAAUGUAAUUGGGACUAGUUAUCAGCUGCAAGUGCGAGGCAUGAAGUGCGCAUUUAAGAAGAGAGCAGCACAAAAAAUUAGUGGCAUCUAUGCUGAUUGGAUAGAAGAUAUGCCCUCCCUGUAUGAUUCACUGAACAAAGCAUAGAAAUGUAGUUGAAUCUUACUGGCACUCACCAUAGUUAGCUCCUUUCUCUUGUUUUUCUGAGCUUCUUGGUUUGUAGAUCUUGGUUGACUCUUGGGAACUGUGGCUUGGUUUCAGUUAAUAAACACCACUGUUUGAGGACCAA